AUGGCGAACGAUGAUACUCAGAUAAACUUGGAAACUAUCUCUCAUGAAACUUGGUCGUCCAACUACCCAUUAGGGAUGAGACCACCGCCAAGCUAUUUGAGGUCAAUUCUGACUCCAGUUACUCUGAUUCCCAUCCUUUCAUGGUUAGGGACUUCACUAGCGUCUGCAAUAAUGACCAACUACCCGUCUGGUUUGUUGGAGGGCGAGUCGGGUGCAACAGCAGGGUCGAUGGAUUCUGAGAGCAUUAAGUUUGGCCCUUAUAAAAUCGACCCGAAGGAAGUGUUUUACGCUACUCAGCUUUCAUAUGCUUUGGUUAAUCUUCGCCCUGUCGUUCCUGAUCUCACUGCUGACGAGGUUAGUGAUCUGUGGUUAUCUGCACAAAAGAUCGGGUCCCGACUUGAGACCUAUCACAAGGCAUCUUCACUUACAUAUGCAAUCCAAGAUGGGCCCCAGGCUGGUCAGACUGUUCCACACGUUCAUAUUCACAUCCUCCCUCGCAAAAACGGCGAUUUUGAGAAAAACGAUGAGAUUUAUGAUGCUAUUGAUCUGAAGGAAAAGGAAUUGAAGCAAAAUCUUGAUCUGGACAAAGAGAGGAAGGACAGAAGCAUGGAGGAGAUGGCCGAGGAGGCCGAUUCUUACAGGAAACUUUUAUUAUAG